AUGUCCACCUCGUGGUUCCAGAAGACCUUCACUCUCCCGUCCAAGUCGCGAGGCUCCUACCUAGUGACAGACCACGUCGUCUCCUCAUUACCAGAGCUGAAGAAUUACAAAGUGGGCAUGCUCAAUCUGUUCAUACAACACACUUCGUGCGCACUGUCGUUGAACGAGAACUGGGACACCGAUGUAAGAGAGGACAUGAGCGACGCGCUAGACCGGAUUGCUCCAGAAGACCGGAAAGGAAACCUCUACAGACACUCGGCGGAAGGCUUGGAUGAUAUGCCGGCACAUAUCAAGUCGGCGUUGAUCGGGGCAAGCAUCACGAUUCCCAUCACCGACGGGUCAUUGAACACUGGCACGUGGCAGGGGAUCUGGUAUCUCGAGUUCCGGGCAUCGAAGCAUGCGCGAAAAGUAGUGGCCACCAUUCAAGGCGAGAAGCGAUGA